AUGGAGAAUAUGAGAAGCUUACUGAAGAUGUCAAUGGUGGUUCUAUUUCUUGGAUGGAUUUUUAUUUGGAUUAUGAUUUCAACUAACCUUUUCAAAAGCACCUGGACCCCCAAACUCGCCAAGUACCUCAAUACUACUUAUUUUGGUCCUCAAGGCAUAAACCUUGUGCUUCUUACCGUUCCAAUGAUGUUCAUUGCGGUUCUGAGUUGUGUUUAUUUGCAUAUCCAGAAGAAACCCACCCAAACUCAAAGAGAACGGAAGGUGAAAGGGAAAAUGGGGAGGGUGAUGAUGGUGAUGAACCCAUUGGGGAUAGUGACAGCCACAGAGUUGACUUUUUCUCUAUUGUUUGUGGCUCUUUUGACUUGGGCUCUCUCCAAUUAUCUCUACCUUAGCUAUCACGUCAGUCUUCAUAACCACGACAACGCCAAAAUAUGGCAGGCAAAGUUUAGGGCAUUUGGGCUGAGAAUAGGAUACGUAGGUCACAUCUGUUGGGCCUUUUUGUUCUUCCCUGUGACAAGAGCCUCUACGAUUCUGCCACUUGUUGGGUUGACUUCGGAGUCAAGUAUCAAAUAUCACAUUUGGCUCGGACAUAUCUCAAACUUUCUCUUCCUCGUUCACACCGUCGUUUUCCUCAUCUACUGGGCCAUGGUCAAUAAGUUAAUGGAGACAUUCGCAUGGAAUCCGACAUAUGUGCCUAAUCUAGCUGGAACAAUUGCGAUGGUAAUUGGAAUAGCUAUGUGGGUGACGAGUUUACCAUUUUUCAGAAGAAAGAAGUUUGAGAUUUUCUUCUACACUCAUCAACUAUAUGGUCUCUACAUAGUCUUCUAUGUAAUCCAUGUUGGAGACUCGUGGUUCUGCAUGAUCUUGCCUAACAUCUUCCUCUUCUUCAUCGACCGCUACUUGAGAUUCUUACAAUCCACCAAGAGAUCCAGGCUUGUCUCUGCUCGGAUCUUACCUUCAGACAACCUCGAACUCACUUUCGCCAAAACCCCAGGGCUACAAUAUACACCAACGAGCAUAUUGUUUCUACAUGUGCCGAGCAUUUCCAAGCUUCAAUGGCAUCCAUUCACAAUAACCUCGAGCAGCAACUUGGAGAAAGAUACACUAAGUGUUGUCAUUAGAAGACAGGGCAGUUGGACUGAAAAGCUUUACACCCAUAUCUCUUCUUCCCUCGAUUCUCUCGAAGUUUCUACUGAAGGUCCUUAUGGCCCUAAUUCCUUCGAUUUGAGGUAUGACUCUCUAAUACUAGUGAGUGGUGGCAGUGGAAUUACACCCUUCAUUUCGGUUAUCAGAGAACUCAUCUUUAUGAGCCAAAACCAGAGCACAAAACUACCAAAUGUUCUUCUUGUCUGCGCCUUUAAGCAUUACCAUGAUCUUGCGUUUUUAGACCUAAUCUUCCCAUCAGAUAUAUCAGUCUCAGACAUAUCUAGGCUGAAUCUCCGAAUCGAGGCCUAUGUUACAAAAGAAGACAAGAAACCGGAGACAACCGAUGAUCACAGACUUCUGAAGACAAAAUGGUUCAAACCGCAGCCUCUAGACUCUCCCAUCUCACCUGUUCUUGGACCCAACAACUUACUCUGGCUCGGAGUCGUGAUCUUAUCAUCAUUCGUGAUGUUUCUCUUGCUCAUAGCGAUUGUCACACGUUAUUACAUAUACCCUGUUGAUCGCAACACAGGAAAGAUCUACAACUUCUCGUAUAGAGCUCUUUGGGACAUGUUCCUAGGAUGUGUAUGCAUUUUCGUCUCUUCAAGCAUAGUUUUCUUGUGGCGCAAGAAACAGAACAAAGAAGGAGAUAAGGAGUCCAAGAAGCAGGUACAAAGCGUAGAUUUCCAGACGCCUACUUCUUCUCCAGGUUCAUGGUUCAGCAACCAGGAGAGAGAGCUCGAGAGCGUACCGUAUCAAUCUAUUGUAGAAGCCACUUCAGUCCACUUCGGCUCCAAACCUAAUCUGAAAAAGAUUCUUUUUGAGGCAGAAGGCUCGGAAGACGUUGGAGUGAUGGUGUGUGGACCAAGAAAGAUGAGGCAUGAGGUGGCAAAGAUCUGUUCAUCUGGUUUGGCUAAGAACCUUCACUUUGAGGCAAUUAGUUUCAACUGGUGA